UUCAUUAUUUGCCACGUAUCUUUAUCAUUUUGCUGAUAGAAGUGCAAUUCGGGAAGUGAUAUAAGUGUGUCGACGAUGGAUCGAUGUGAAAUACCGGUUAGCAGCUGUUUUAAAUGCAGCCCAAAUGGCCAGAAAAGUGUCACUAGGUUCGGAAAAUUCAGAUUGUCGCCGCAAAGGAUUGGGCAAACGACACCAUUUGAACGCUCAGUUAAAGUCUUACCGGAUCCUUAUUCAGACGUUACCAUUUAUCAAAUCAUCAUAAAGGAGGGCUUUCUUUACAAAGGCCUAACAAAUAGAAAAGAUUCACAGAUCAAAUGGAUUAUCGACUGUCUAUAUGAUUUUGGUAGAUAUGGUUGUUUAAACACGCCGCCAUUGCUGUAUAUGAGUAACAGAUAUGUGUAUGUCAUUCUCGCACAACAUCAAUUGUUUAAGUGUCUACCGUGGAAGCGUCUACAUAUAGGAAAUGGUACAUUUAUUCCUGAUGUAUUUCUAGCAUAUAGAAAUGAAUAUCGCCAAUAUUACUGCUGUACUGUUGCGGACUUCAGUUCGUUGGCGACACGUAUUGGUACUGAACAUAUUCCUUUCAUAAAAUUAGACGAUUUAUAUAAGUCGGACUUAACUGAAGGUUUUGGUGAAUGCACUAUGAAUGAAUGCCACUAUCCCUUGUCGGAAAAUUUGAAUAAACCAUCAUAUGAUUCAUCUGAAUUGAAGUUUCCAAUUCAAGCUAGCGACGAUGUCGAAAAUGAAUGUAUCGGAACAGUGGAACAAAAUGGUUUGCAUCAGAGCGGUUUAGAAAACGUUCUACUUGCGAAUAACCUAAAAUGGAAGACUGCCAAAUAUCCAGCUUAUUCGGAUGCUGAAGAAAGAUUGGCAACUUACCGCGGAUGGCCGUUGGUAGAACCGAACCCGAACACACUUUGUACCUUUGGAUUCUUUUUCACAGGUCAUGACUUCGACCUCGUUCGAUGUUUCUGUUGUGGCAUCGGUCUAAAAGACUUCUCAGACACGGACAAUCCGUUGCUGGAGCACGCGAAACAUUCAUCGAACUGUCCGUUUAUCAUCGAUUAUUUUGGAAACCGUGCAGCAUUAGAAACAUACAAGCAAAGGUUUGCAACACAAGAUCCUGAGGAGAUAAGACGUAGGCAACGUGAACUGUAUGAACGACAACAAGGCAGACCAAUAACAACCUACAAAGCAAAGCACGAACAAUUCCGAACGUUUGAAUCUCGCUUUGGAACAUUCACACACUGGCCCCAACAUUUAUCACAGAGACCGAAAGAGCUGGCAGAUGCAGGGAUGUAUUACACAGGUGUUGAUGAUCAUUGUCGGUGCUUCGCAUGUGACGGUGGUUUGAGGCACUGGGAACCAGGAGAUGACCCCUGGAUAGAACACUGCAGAUGGUUUCCGGCCUGCGCUUAUGCCCGUGAGGUCAAAGGGGACGAGUUUAUCAACCUCGUCCAACAUUCUGCUGAUCAGGCCCUGGAAGAAAAUCGUCUAGAUGAAUUUAACGGUGCAAUGGCAGCUCCAACGAUUAAUCACUCAAAUAUUCAGCGAAUAGUCGAGAAAAAUCGAGAUAUUCUUAUACAAGACAUGGGGUUUCCUCUUAAUGAUGUGAAAAGCGCUGUUCUUGAACUGGUACAACAAGCCUCCGUUGACCCGGAUAUUGAUGAUAUCAUAACUCGUCUGGAGGUCAUAAAUGAGCGAAAGCAGCUCGACCACCUAUUCCAGCGCCCAACAGGACCUCCAGAACCAGAAACAUUAUUGAAAGAGAAUCAACUAUUAAAAGGCUUUCUUCGAUGUCAUUCCUGUCACACCAACCAAGUGAACUGCUUGUUUCUACCUUGCACCCAUCAUAGAUACUGCCUAGACUGCACACAAUACAUUGAUAAAUGCCCGGAUUGUGGAAGACCGAUAAAGGAGAGGAUUCGAACAUAUAUGGCGUGAUGGUGCAAUGAAGUCUAAAUCUAAGAAAAAAAGAAGAAAAGCGUGCAUCUGUUUGAAUAUUAUUUUUACAAGAUGAACCUAUGUGUACACCAAAGUACAAUAAAUCGUGAUGUGUUGUCUUUGUAUCUAAUGGUAAGGAGAAUAACUUUAUUAAACGUGAACAUAUUCAGGAAAAUUAUUCACUGCAGAAGAGUUAUGCGCAAGUUCGUUUGAUUUAAUUGUUGAGAAUUGUAUUUAUUUAACAUAAAUUUUCAUUAAAGUGUUCAAGGAAGAGGGAGUAUAUUGUUUGGCUGGAUGUCAGUCGGUCUUUCGGUAGACCAGUUCGUUACCGAUCAAUAACUUGUGAACGGAUUGACAAAUUGGCUUGAAACUUCCCGUGUAAAUUGGCCAUUGCCAGUAAAUUAACCCUAUUAAAACUAAGAGUGAAAAUUGUUUCCGAUCAAUUACUUGUGAAUGAAGGGACCGCUUGGCUUGAUACUUCCCAUGUGCAAUGGCAUUGGACAGUAAAUGGCUCCUAUUGAAAUUUGGGUUACUACGUCAAAGGUCACUGUCACACUAAGUGUGAAAUCGUUUCCGACCAAUUAUUCGUCAACUGAUUCACCGAUUGGUUUGAUACUUCCCAUGAGCAUUGGCAUUGGACAGUAGAUGACCACUAUUGAAAUUCGGGUCACUAUGGCAAAUUUCAAAGUUACGGUCACAAUAAGUGUGAUAAUCGUUUCCGAUCAAUAACUCGUCAACGAAAUGACCGAUUUUUCACAUGUAGAUUGGCCUUGGACAGUUUAUGACCCCUAUUGACAUUGACUUCACUUGUUCAAAUGUCAAGGUCACUGUGACAUUUAGUGUUAAAUUGGUUUCCGUUCGAUAUUUCAUCAAAGGAUUGAGUGAUGGGCCUCAUACUUUGCAGAUGAAUUGACAUUGAACAGUAGAUAAUUCCUAUUAAAAUUUAGGUCAAGGAUCAAAGUCACUGUGACAUUGAAUGUGACAAUCAUAUCCAAUUAGCUCGUGAGCGGAUUGACCGAUCGGUCUGAUUUUUUUCGCAGAUACAUUGACCUCGCACAAUUUCCAUGAGUAACUCUACCAUGAAUCCACCAUGGCGCCUGAUACAUUACAAGAUGUAUUGGCCUUGGUCAUUCUAUGACUAAAUGUAGUGUCGCGUGCAAAGGAAAUGCCAUGGCUAAAUCUCUCCGGGCAAGGUCACACUUAGAGGCAAGUUGUGUUCAAAAUAUAUUUACACAAGUGGAUCAGAUGAUGGAGGCUCAUAUCAAAAUAAUGCUCACGGUUGCAGGUAACAAAAGAAUUUUCUCUUGUUGGUAUGUAAGUCUACCAACAUGACGUACAGAUGAAGCGUUGGUUUCGUCCGGGUCCAUUGAUUUUUGGCAAAGUUAUAGGCCUUAUACUUUUCUAAAAUAGCUGCUGUGCGGCUUCAACGCACAGUGGGGGCAUUGUGUUAAACAAACACAAAUCUUGUUGGUUUGAGGCUUAAAUAAGUCCAUGACAUUGUUAAUGACUGCAAACAGUUAUCGUGCGUGAUGGUGAACCGUGCAUUAUGGCAGAUUUUGUAGAACAUUAUUUGCAACCAUCUAUAUGCCACUGGCCCCGUGUUCACAAAACGAUUUUGCAAUCGAAAAUCGAUUUUAACUGACAUCGAUUUUCAUGUUUGCCUAUCAACUACAAUGGAAAUCCAUUUUCAAUGACAAGCAAAAUCGAUUUUCAAUUGCAAAAAAUGUUUGUGAACACGGGGCCUGAUUUGAGCUGAUAUUAUGCAUGACUAAACCAGCGAGUAAGUAAUUACGAAAGUUUCGUGUUUUAGUAGUCUAUAAGAUAUCCAUUUUUAUGUCAAACAUGAAUGACAAUACUUAACUUUUAUCACGAAAAAAAAAUUAAAUAUGCUGUGUAAAUCUGACUUUAAGCCUGACGGAAUUAUAUCUGCAUUUAUAAGUUAAAACUUGAUAUGUUUAAAUACAUUUAACUCAUGACGUAGUUUAAUCACAUCGGCAACAAGUGGACUCUAUUACAUGCCAAAUCAGAAAAGGUCUGCUAUCGUGUUUUUGUACGUGUGUAAGAAAGUUUAUAUAAAACAUUGUACUGGAAAAUACCAAAUGUACUACAAUAUAAUUGUUUAUUAUUGUAACAGCAAUUCAAUCUAUCUAACAAUAAUACGCAGAAGUUCUAUGUCCAAAAGGUAUGUUUAAAAAAAAAUGUAUCUGAGUAAUUAUAAUUAAUGUUAUAUAUUGAUUUCUCGCUUUACAUCUUUUCAUUUCUUUAUGUUUGUUUUAUAGUACCGGUAUUGUGAAUGUUCACAAUAUGCAUGUUGUAGAUGUUUUUGUAAUGUAUGUAAUGCAGUCAAGAAAUACAUUGAGUUCUAUACAGAAUACCGUUUUGCAUUGUUGAAAGUCGUCUUAAGGGAUGUUUAUGGAUAUUGAUUGCUUUAAAUGGCAUAUGAAACUAUUAAAUUUCAUGGUACAAGCC